CGGUGGUAGAUGUUUUGAAUGAUUGUACAAAUGCACAUUUUGUUACUGUGUGGUUAAUUGUGUUUUAUCACCCGUAUUGACAGUAAUGCAUAAUGAAUUAUUCAAAAAUUAUUACAUGUUUUGUAAUAAAUGCUACUGUUUUGUUUUCUCAAAAGAGCCCGGAUGUAAACGAUGUGAGUACAUUGACAUCCAUCAAUCACAAAGCAACAACAUUUGGAGUCCGUGAAGUUCAGGUUGAUAGAAGCCUCAAGGAAACUACCAAUGGAACUGACCAAUACUCGAGCCCGGAUGUUGUCGAAUCGCCAACGUCGACACCCAUCAAUCACAAAGCAACAACAUUGUGGAUCCCUGAAAAUGAGGUUGGUGGAAACCUCAAUGAAACUACCGAACAAACUGAUCAAUACUCGAGCCCGGAUGUUGUCGAAUCGCCAACGUCGACACCCAUCAAUCACAAAGCAACAACAUUGUGGAUCCCUGAAAAUGAGGUUGGUGGAAACCUCAAUGAAACUACCGAACAAACUGAUCAAUACUCGAGCCCGGAUGUUGUCGAUUCGCCAACGUCGACACCCAUCAAUCACAAAGCAACAAAAUUGUGGAUCCCUGAAAAUGAGGUUGGUGGAAACCUCAAUGAAACUACCGAACAAACUGAUCAAUACUCGUGUACGACUACUGAAAUAAAUCAAGAAAGUAGACAGACCGAAUCGCUUUGGUACCUGUUUAUAAUAAUUCCCCUGAUCAUCUUUAUCGCUGCAUCUACCGGAUAUGUUACCUGGAAACAUUUGCAUAAAUGAAAGAGAAGUAGUGAAUGAUUUUCACCAAAGUCAUAUAAUUAGAUUCAAAUAUUCUGACCAAGUUUUUUUUCUUAUUUGUAUUUCAAUAAACAGUUUUGAAUUUAUUUAUUUAUUUUAAUGGUUUGAACUAUUCUUCACGGAACAAUGUACAUUUUGUGCUUGUUUAUGUUAUAACUGAUGUAUUCUUUGUAAUAAAAUACCAAACACGGUUUUUAUUAUU